CUUAAUAGUGAGUAAAUUACAAAGAAACAAAUCUAAUUGUUAAGAAAUAGCGAUCUUCAACAAUCGUCGAAGUGAAUUCGAUCUGAGCGGUCCGUAGGCCAUUUUGACGCUGCUUUCUGCCACCAUUUCCUUGUAUUCUACCUCUCCUCCCGACUCCCGCUAUCUCCCACUCUUGCAGCCGCACGUCCGACGGACACACGCCGCCACUGCCUAAUCAGAACCAGUCGUUGAUUAACGAAAAUGGGUCUACUUAGCAUCAUCCGGAAGAUCAAGCGCAAAGAAAAGGAGAUGCGUAUUCUUAUGGUGUAUGAACACAUAUUUGUCAAUUUUUCGAUUAUAUUCUUAAAUAUUAACUGCUAUGUGUUGAAUUUUUUUUUCUUUCACUGUUUAAGGGGUCUUGAUAAUUCCGGAAAGACAACAAUAGUACUGAAAAUCAACGGGGAAGACACCAGUGUAAUCAGUCCCACACUUGGAUUCAACAUUAAAACUAUUAAUUACCAGAAGUAUAUUUUGAAUAUAUGGGAUGUUGGAGGGCAGAAAACAAUAAGAUCAUACUGGAGGAACUAUUUUGAACAGACUGAUGGGUUAGUCUGGGUGGUUGAUAGUUCGGAUCUGAGGAGGCUGGAUGAUUGUAAACAUGAGUUAGAUAAUCUUCUCAAAGAGGAGAGAUUAUCGGGAGCAUCACUGUUGAUUUUUGCUAAUAAGCAGGAUAUACAAGGAGCUCUUUCACCAGAAGAAAUAGCUAAAGUGCUCCACUUGGAUGCCAUGGAUAAAACCAGACACUGGAGAAUUGUGGGAUGUAGUGCAUACACUGGGGAGGGACUGCUCGAAGGGUUUGAUUGGUUGGUCCAAGACAUUGCAUCUAGAAUCUAUAUGCUUGACUAGGCCAUACUGGCAUACCGGGUUUUUUACACAGUUAGCUCAAAGCAAAUAUGAUGAAGUACGAUGUAUUUUUUGGAGUAUUAGGCAGACGUCCCUAGUCGAGAACGUCAACCUCUCGUGAUUAUAUGUUAAGCUAUAAACUCUCGAAGUUGAGGGCUUUAAAUGCUUAACGCUCACCAUGUUUUAGAAGUUGUAUUUCUUCUACUGCGAUAGUCCUAUGAUUGUUCCAUUAAAGUGGCCAUCUGAAUCUUGUUGAAUAUUUCUUCUUCUGAUUGUAAUAUUCAAGAAUGAUUGUAUGAUCAAAGAGCACGUUUAUAAACACAAUCGACAAUACUAGACGACCACAUAAAUAUUUCUAACUUA